GGAGCGGGGGGGGGGAGGAGAAAGAAGGCUGCCUGCGCUCUGAGGGCGGCGGGUAAGGAAGACGGCGGUUGGAGUGGAGGUCCUGGUUUGAGUCUUGGACGGCGUACAAGAGCUUUUUUUUUAGCUGCCAAGGGGAUAAUAUAGAAUAUAGGAAAAGAAACUUGAUCAGAAGAUUGGCAUAAACUCCGUUGGUGGAAGCUGAAAGCCAUGGAUCAACUUCCAGAACUCUAUGCUGUUUUCCAAGGAGAGGUUGCUUCUGUGACAGAAUAUGGAGCAUUUAUAAAAAUCCCAGGAACCCCAAAACAAGGACUUGUUCACAAAAGCCAAAUGUCAAAUUGUAGAGUGGACAAACCUUCAGAGAUGGUGGAUGUUGGAGAAAAGGUGUGGGUGAAACUUAUAGGAAAAGAGAAGAAGGAUGACAAACUGAAACUAUCUCUUUCCAUGAAAGUUGUUAACCAAGGAACUGGAAAAGACUUAGACCCCAAUAAUGUUGUCCUUGAACAAGAGGCACGGAAAAAAUGCUCCUUUAGAGAUUAUACCAAUCAAAAGAUUACUUUAGAAGCUGUUUUGAACACUGUGUGUAAGAAAUGUGGUUGUCCAGGUCAUUUCGCCAAAGAUUGUUUCAUGCAGCCAGGAGGGACAAAAUACACCCUUAUACCAGAGGAUGAGCCAGCCCCUGAAGAAGAUGAAAAGAAAGCUCACCACUCUAUGAAGAAAAGAAAAAAGGAUAAAAAGAAAAAAAGGAAACGUAAGAAUACGGACUUGGAGGCUUCUGACAGUACCAAUUCCGACAAUGGGAACCAGCCAGCCCGGAAGAAGGCAAAACGCAAGGAAAAAAACAGUCCAUCUCGGAAAAGGAAAAAGAAGCAUCAUAAGAAAAAGCACAAAGAAUGAGAGUGAGAAUCUGACUCUGCGCUGCGUAUGUUCUCAGUGAAAAUUGUGGCUUCCAUUCCCUGUGACGGUCAUCAGUUGGAAAAAGAACAACUGAACCAGCAGGAUGCGUUAAGAUAAAAUGGUUUUUCUUUCUUUGAAAAUCACUUUUGUUUUUCAAGGAUUAUCACAAGGAUGGCUAUUCUCCUUCCAUAAAGUGGAAAGGAAGGAGCAGCCUGCCACUGGGUGGUCGUCCCAGUUGUUAGGCUUCAUUCUUGUGAAAUCUUACUCCGUUCUUUCAUUUCUUCAUGCUUGGAUUUUAGCCAGCCUCUUUGGAGCAACCCAGAGCCAUCUUGCAGAAACUUGUAUGGAGCUGGCAGUCGGUGCAUUUCCUCACUUGGGAACAGCUGUGUGUUGACUCAGCAUCCGCCAGUUAUUGUCUGCCUACCAGCAGAAGGAACUGUGAAUGUACCCUCUCACCCAACAGGGACACAUUGGUUGAAGAACAGAUCAUGCCACCACAUUCCUGUUAUCCUAUUUGUCCUGUAAUACUGUAGGAGGAAGAAAUCGGGUACAGGAGCAGUUAUCUUAAAAACUGAGAAACGAGCCAAGUGUUUACCUUUGAACCAUGAAUAAAGUUUUGGUUUGUGGG